AUGUCACAAGAGGUCUAUUGCAGCGAUUCCAAAUUCUUCAAGCGCAUUAAGAUCCUUUUGACAGUUGAUGAGGGGAGAAAAGGUUUCUCGAGCAGCCUGAGUUCGUUCGAACCCGAGAAACAAUAUGGCAAAUGUGGCUUCAAUGGAAAAACAUAA